CGGGAGUUCCAAAGCGAAACUGACUACGAAUCAGACUGCUGCUCUACGGUACCGGAGAAACGUUUAACAAACUGAUAUCAGGGAAUGCGAAUGAGGAGUUUCUACAGUGUGAACGGCAGUAAUGGCUGUAGUCUCCGCAUCUGUGAGGAAUUUAAGCUAAAGUUGAAGGCCAAGGGUCAGACUGAGGUGAUGUUACCAAACCAAUGUGACUACCUCCUGGCCUUCUGUACCAUCAGUACACGGCCGGGGAUUGAUAUCCAUGAGACUAUGGAGAAAUGUCCAGGUGGAAAGCAGGUUAUUUUGGUGGUGCUACAUCAUACCUAUGACCAUGAAAAGUUAGUCUCUCCCAAGGCAAAAGAGAUUUCAUCAAACAUCCUCCUCAGUGUGGACGUCACGUUCUAUGAGGGAAAGAUGCUGGAAUGCCCCCACAAUGAAAGGGAAUUUGAUAAGAUCCUGAAAAUAGUUGGAUACCCCUAUUCUACGUUCAACCGUUUGAAAAACCGGGUCAUCCGCAUUUGCUAUUGGUUGGUAAAACCGAAGGUGCUGCUGGCUAUUCUCGUGUUCGUAGGAACACUGUGGUUUUUACCAAAGAAAGAUCGCAGUCUCUUCCGCAAGGACUCUGCCAGUUUAUGGAACUACUUGCCAACUGUUUCGAGUCCAUCACCUUGAUGAAUCUAGUAAUUAAGGAUGCUGUUUGUAACAUGUUGAUGGAUGUAAUUAUUCCAGGUGCUGUAGAUAAGAUUUGAAAGAGCGGAAGAGAGCAAGCCAAACAACCAAUUUUUUUUUUUUUAAUUGGUGAGAAAUUUUGCAUUUUACACACCUGUGAUUGGUGCGAUGUAGUAGUCUAUCAUCUAAAUUGUCUCAGAGGCAGAAACCAGUCAAAAAUAUUUUCUCACAGAGCAUUCCACUCACUAAUAGCUGAAUGAUGCAUGGCAUUUCUAUAAAAUUAUUAAACCCUAUAUAAUAUAAUAAUAGAUCUUAAAUCGUACCUACCGCACCAUUAAUGAUGAUAUGAUGAAUGAUGAAUAUCAUCGUUGUGCUUGAGGAUAUAUCAAUGUUUGGGAGUGAUCUCAAGGACCACAGAUGUUCGGAGGUUAUUGAUCAAGAGGUUUAACUUGGUAGCAAAAACCUUUGCGUUCAGAAGUGGAUUUUAUAAAAAAGGAUAAUAGAAUAAAAUUCUCUACAAUUUAUUCAUGUUAUUCUUGUGUUAAGGGCUUACAUUUGGACAAACAAUCUUUUUUUGCAUUUAAUUCAUCAUUUAGAAGUAACUACUACAUUGCCCAUGAUGCACAUCUGCAACCCAAGCAGUGUUGUGUUUGAUUAUAUGAUUGUAUGUACUUCACCUGGCUGGCUAGGCGCAGAAUUGCAACUCGCUAAAUAUGUUAUUUUUUUCUAGGAAGACAUCUAUCAUUUAUGAAUUAUAUACAUCAAAACGUCUAACUAUAAUCUAGAUAAGUUUGGUUUGUUUACAACCAACUGUGUUAAUAUGUGUUGCACCAAAUGUGUAUCCAAUUCAUAAAGGAAAUAAAAUACUGAAGAUAUA